UCUUCUUCUCUUCAUCAUCACUCUUUCUCUCUUCACUACCACCACUUCAUCCUUCAUUAUCCACAGACAUCACCAUCGAAAUGUUCGCGAAACUCUCUUUGCUCGCUCUCUUAGGCUCAGCCUUGGCUCAGAGUAUCAACACGCCCCCUUCUCUCGUGGAGUGUCAACCCGCAGCACUCACGUUCUCCGGUGGUAGUGCUCCAUACAUCAUCGCCGUCAUACCUGGUGGCCAGGUCACCGCCGCCGCCAUUGAGACCAUCUCCUCGGAUGCCACUUCGAGUCCCUUGACAUGGACCGUCAAUCUCGCCUCAGGCACCAACAUCACCCUCAAGAUCACCGACUCGACCGGUUCCAUUGGUUACUCGUCGCCUCUCGUCAUUCAGUCCGGCGACAGUAGCUGUAUCGGCCAGUCAGCCUCGGUUAGCAGUCCCGCCUCGGCUUCCGUCUCGUCCACCUCUGCGGCUUCAAGUGGUGCUUCCUCUGCGGCGUCCGUAGCAUCCUCCGCAGCCCCAACUACUACAUCUAAGAGCUCCGUCGCUGCCACCUCGGCACCUGCGAGCACCUCUUCCACCACCAGUUCUGUCAAGUCGACCUCCUCGACUCCCGUCUCGGCUGCUCCAUCAGCCUCUGCCUCUGGUACUUCGGGCGCUAUGGCUGCUUUUAAGAUGGGUCCUCUCGUCCCUGCUAUCGGAGCCUUGUUCGCCGGUGCAGCCGCUUUCCUCCUAUAAGUUGAUCAGCUCGAGGUUUCCAUUCCUUUCGGUGAUCCUCUUUAUACUCGAUGGACAUGGAAAUCUGCAAAAGUAGGAGGUUAUGAAGACGAUGAUGGUGAUGAUUCACUCCUUGAACCCCAAAACGCUCGUGUGAUGUGGCCGGAUCUGAUAAACGAUUUUUUUACUCUGCGGAUGCUUUGCUCUUUAAUCUCAUAUAGUUACGAAGGGGAGGAACGAGGAGGGUGGAUGGAUGGACGAUGUGAUAUAUAGGUCUUGAUGCAGAACGUUUCUUAUCCAUCG